GUGGGAGAUAUAGUGAUAAGUGAUAAGUGAUAAGUGAUAAGUGCAAAAGAGUUUAAUGUUCAGCCACGUGGUGUCAUUCACUCCUCAUUAGUUGGAUAGUAAACGUCUAUUGUAUUGAAUAAAUAUUAUUUUACAUAAUAAUUUAUAAUUGUAAGUGAAAUUUAUUAUUUAUUAAAAUAAAAAUGGCUAAUAUUCGUGUCAAUUCGCCGAAUGUCAAGUAUACUGAAGAAUUCAUUGAAGCUAAAUAUGAAUACCAGACAACUAAAAUUGAAUCUGCUGAUGAGUCGGGUAUUGUUGUAUCACCCGAGUCGCAUAAGCUACUGAUACGCACCCAAGCUAAAUUGCCAAAAACAGGAGUAAUGCUGGUAGGAUGGGGUGGUAACAACGGGACCACUUUUACCGCAGCUGUUCUAGCUAACAAGUUGAAACUGCAGUGGGAAACAAUCCGUGGAGUCCAGACUGCCAACUGGUAUGGCUCAAUCACCCAAGCGUCGACUGUGCUACUCGGCGUGGUGGGUAACGAGGAAGUAUACGCACCCAUGAACGCCUUGUUGCCGAUGAUCAACCCAGAUGACAUCGAAAUCGAUGGCUGGGACAUAUCAGGCAUGAACAUUGGAGAUGCAAUGCACCGGGCUCAGGUUAUAGACAUCAACUUGCAGAAGCAGUUGAAACCUCAUCUGGAUAAAUUCGUACCGAGGAAAAGUGUCUACUACCCUGACUUCAUUGCUGCCAAUCAGAAAGAACGUGCCGACAACCUAAUGACUGGUUCAAAAUCCGAGCAAUUGGAUAAAAUCCGUGCGGAUAUAAGAGAUUUCAAGUCCUCAAAGAACUUGGACAAAGUGAUAGUCCUCUGGACAGCAAAUACCGAAAGAUUCUCAGAGAUCCUACCCGGCGUUAAUGACACCGCGGACAAUCUUCUGAAGUCAAUUACCGAAAAUCAUUCCGAAGUAAGUCCCAGUACUUUGUUCGCCGUAGCUGCUGCCUUCGAAGGAUGUACUUAUAUAAACGGAUCCCCACAAAAUACCUUCGUGCCCGGUAUGAUCGAACUAGCAGAGCGUAAGAAUGUUUUCAUCGCUGGUGAUGAUUUUAAAUCCGGCCAGACUAAAUUAAAAUCAGUAUUGGUAGACUUCUUGGUGACUGCUGGAAUAAAACCAGUGUCUGUUGUCAGUUACAACCACCUUGGCAACAACGACGGCUACAAUUUGUCAGCACCUCAGCAGUUCAGGUCCAAGGAAAUAUCAAAAAGCAAUGUAGUUGAUGACAUGGUAUCAUCUAACAGAAUUUUGUACAAACCUGGAGAGAAGCCUGAUCACUGCGUGGUGAUUAAAUACGUACCGUAUGUUGGCGACAGCAAGCGAGCGAUGGAUGAAUACACUUCUGAGUUGAUGCUGGGUGGUCAUAACACCAUCGCUGUUCACAACACGUGCGAAGAUUCGCUUCUAGCGACACCGAUUAUUUUAGAUUUGAUCAUUUUGGCCGAGUUAUGCGCUAGAAUUUCAAUUAAAAGUGUUAGUGAUUACACUGACGCUAGCAAUGAUGGUUUCAUCAAUUUCCGCAGCGUACUGUCGCUACUGUCGUACUUGUGUAAAGCGCCUUUAGUUCCUGCUGGCGCUCCACUGGUUAAUGCGCUGUUCAGGCAACGCGCGGCUAUCGAAAAUGUUUUAAGGGCUUGUUUGAGUCUACCUCCCAACAAUAACAUGAUGCUUGAACAUCGUUUUCAGUUUUAAAUUCACAUUUUUUGAGAAUCAAUAGAGAACUUGCAUUAAUUUCAUAUCACUAAAAUUUAUUAUUAAAUUAUAGAAAAAUUUAUUCAGAGAAUCUUUUAUAAUAAUAAAGUUAC